AUGUCCUGCCUCCCUGAAGUUAACCCCUGCCUGCUCUGUUUUGGGCCCCCUAUUCAGCGGGCACGGCUUUGCCAUGAAAUUACCGGGGCCUUUGUCGAUGAGCUCAGACAUAAAAAAUGCAUUGAGGCCAUUGUGGAGGCUUCUAAACCACUUGCCUCUGUCACUGUAGCGUCAGGACAGCGCGAGGAGCUUCGGGAGAUCGUCAUGGAUGCGAUGUAUUCUCUAGAGGAGCGAUGGGGCAAGAAGUCCCUGAACAAGUCUCUGCAGGAAGCUGUCAGCACAAUCUGGAAGAAGCUGAGCCAGCUGGAAAAAGUUCCAGCCUGUAUCCCACCCUGUGGAUUCCAGCGAGCUGCCCGUGUGUUCCAGUGUGCUACCUGCCGCUUCGUGGACUGUCAGUUUGCCCUGGACUGCCCAGUGCAGGACCUGUGGACCUACACAGAUGAAACCAUCGUGCUGCGCUGCAACGUGCCUUUCCACAUCCCACCCGGCGUGCCCAUCACCUGGAUGUUUGCCCCAAAUCUGCGCACACAGGACAUGGCACUGUUCAAGGAGCUCAAGGGGAAUCCAGAGAAGCCCUUCAGUCUGACCAUUGAGGAACCCGCUCCAGGAACCGUUGCCUGUCGCCUGGGGGAGCAAACCAAGCCCAUUAUCCGCAAGUUUUUCUACCUCAACGUAUCAGAGGGAAGCGUGGAGGAAGAGAAAGGACUGCAGAGUCUGUUCAGCACUGUGCUGAACUGGGAUGACGAGACACCUACCCACAUACCAUACCUGGGGCUGGCUCUGGGUUUUGGCUCCAUGGCAUUCGUUCUGCUGCUGAUGGUCAGCUGGCAAUGCCUCAAUGUCCGUCAGAUGCGCCGCAGACGUGGACAUCAGGGUACCCAAGAGGAUUCCAGACCCCUGGAUUCAGUCUAG